UGUGAUUCUGUUAUUAGUCUUGAUUAUGUAGAUGACUGACUCGCUCGGUUAGGUCAUUCUCUAGAACAUUUGUGGCUCGUAGGGUGCGAACGUACAUCAGGAAGCAGUGCGUUCACAGUUUUCAUGCAAACCUCAAACCCUACAUUUCUAUUCCUGACCAUAUUCAAGAAACCUUCUGAAAGCUUAUCUUUUUACCCGGGGAAAUCUCCUGUUUGAAACCUAUCACUUUAGAUGAUGCGCCAACACAGACAUAUCUAUCAGAGCGUGACAUUGACAUUGGGGACUCUGCCCAAGCAAACAACAUGCCUGUCAGGUGAAUCUUGAUUGGAGAAACCAUAGUGAGGUGGACCGCGUGUUGGCACAGCGUGGCCCGACGCUGAAUUAGUCUGUUGAGUUCACCCUGUUGGAGAAUCCACUCAUUUUCAAUGUGUAUCAGAUCCCAUACCAUCCGGAUUUCCUGGACGUCUUGAUGCCACCCAUGGUACCAAAACAAUGGGCCAGCACACCACCCCUGCAGGGUAGGCCGCUUGCCAACCUGGGCAAGGCUGUUUCCUGGGUCGUGCUCCCAGAGACCACCAAAAAGACCCCUGCUAGACCAUUGAGCUGCCAGAGGACCAGAGAGGCCCAGGAAAUGUAUCAGACUGGUGCCCCGGAACCUCUGCUGACCCCGGUUGAUGCCCAGCAGAAACCUCGCUCACCGCCCAGUGUGUUCCAGGAACCUCUCGUACAACGCUUCCUUACCAUGUUGACAGACAUCAAGUAUAAGAUCCCAUACCUUCUGGAUUUCCUGGACUUCUUGAUGCCGCCCAUGGUACCGAAACAAUGGGCCAGCACACCACCCCUGCAAGGUAGGCCCCUUACUAACCUGGGCAAGGCUGUUUCCUGGGUCGUGCUCCCAGAGACCACAGCCAAGACCCCUGCUAGACCACUGAACUGCCAGAUGACCAGAGAGGCCCAGGAAAUGUAUCAGACUGGUGACCCGGGACCUCUGCUGACCCUGGUUGAUGCCAAGCAGAAACCUCACUCCCCGCCCAGUGUGUUCCAGGAACCUCUCAUACAACGCUUCCUUACAAUGUUGACCGACAUCAAGUAUCAGAUCCCAUACCUUCCGGAUUUCCUGGACUUCUUGAUGCCGCCCAUGGUACCGAAACAAUGGGCCAGCACCCCACCCCUGCAGGGUAGGCCGCUUGCUAACCUGGGCAAGGCUGUUUGCUGGGUUGAGUUCCCAAAGACCACAGCCAAGACCCCUGCUAGACCACUGAACUGCCAGAAGACCAGAGAGGCCCAGGAAAUGUAUCAGACUGGUGACCCGGGACCUCUGCUAACCCUGGUUGAUGCCAAGCAGAAACCUCACUCCCCGCCCAGUGUGUUCCAGGAACCUCUCAUACAACGCUUCCUUACAAUGUUGACCGACAUCAAGUAUCAGAUCCCAUACCUUCCGGAUUUCCUGGACUUCUUGAUGCCGCCCAUGGUACCGAAACAAUGGGCCAGCACCCCACCCCUGCAGGGUAGGCCGCUUGCUAACCUGGGCAAGGCUGUUUGCUGGGUUGAGUUCCCAAAGACCACAGCCAAGACCCCUGCUAGACCACUGAACUGCCAGAGGACCAGAGAGGCCCAGGAAACGUAUGAAACCCCAGUUGUUGUCCAUCAGGAACCUCUUCCACCCCCCACUGAGGUCAAGGACUCUCUUCCAACACCCAGUGUGGUCCAUCAGGAACCUCUUCCACCCCCCACUGAGGUCAAGGACUCUCUUCCAACACCCAGUGUGGUCAAUCAGGAACCUCUCCCACCCCCCACUGUGGUCAAGGACUCUCUCCCAAUACUCAGUGUGGUCCAUCAGGAAUCUCUCCCACCCCCCACAGUGGUCAUGGACUCUCUCCCAAUACUCAGUGUGGUCCAUCAGGAACCUCUCCCACCCCCCACUGUGGUCCAGGACUCUCUUUCAACACUCCAGCAGGAACCUGUCCCAACACCCAGUGUGGUCCAUCCACAGACCAGACCACACUGGAUGUGUCGAAUGAAUAACACCAGACAGGUGAGAACCAGGGUGGCGCUAAUUUAUCCCCAAGCUGGUACGCUGUCUCAGGCCCCACCAAGGAACUGGUACAACAUUUGGUUCCAGGACCUCGGCAUCCAGGAGGACAUUAUCUCCAUGCUGAAAAGGUUUUCUAAAAGACUGAUAGCCCUUACUACUGGAAUAAAGCUCCACCACGGGAGGAACAGGGAGCCGUUGGUAGGAAAUGAAUCAAUGAUUCAAGAUUGGUUUCCCACAGACAUACUUACCAAAAAAGAUUCAGAAUUAGGAUCCCUAUUUGCUGACACCUUGGAAGCAGUUAAUCUACCACAGCCAACCCAGGAACAUCUGGCCCAGGAACCCCUGAUCCAAGUGAUCCAGGAAUCCCUGAUCCAGGAACCCCAGAUCCAAGUGAUCCAGGAACCCCUGAUCCAACUGAUCCAGGAACCCCUGAUCCAACUGAUCCAGGAACCCCUGAUCCAACUGAUCCAAGAACCCCUGAUCCAACUGAUCCAUGAACCCCUGAUCCAACUGAUCCAUGAACCCCUGAUCCAGGAACCCUUAACCCAGGUGACCCAGGAACCCCUGACACAGGUGACUCAUAUACCUCUGGCCCAGGAACCAAUGGACUGGGAACCAUUGGCCCAAGAACCUCAAAAAAUUGAACCUUUGACCCCGGAUCCUCUGGCCCUGGAGCCUGCAGAAAAAGAACCACUGCCCCAGAAUCCUCUGGACAUGGAAACACUGACCCAGGAGCCUCUGACAAUGGAACCACUGACCCAAGAAGCUCUGGACAUGGGUCGACUGCCCCAGGAACCAUGGGCAUGGAUGGAAGGCAGUGGAUGGAAGGUUUCCUGGAGUUUCUUAGUCGGCACCUACCUGCUUUGGACCUUCUGUCGUCGUCGUAAGAUCAUCCUCAGAAGGCCUGUAAAGGCAUCCAUGAAAGCCCUCCAGCGUCGUAAGGCAAAGAGGAAAUGCUGCAAAGCCUGUUAAAAUAUUGUUUUACUGUUGACAUGAUUAGAAUGUCACUGGUUAGUAUUAGACACAUCAGUGACGGCAGCUGGCAGUCAGAGGUUUAGUAAAUUACAAAAUAUUUACACUUGAAUUAUAAUGUUUUC